CAGGGAGCUUGAGGGAGGAGCGCUGCAGUCUGCCGCAGUGUGUGGCAAGGAGCCGGCCAGUACGCACCACAUCCUGCCCUCACCCCGUCGACACCACCUUCAGGCACUGCUCUCACGCCUAAUCCCGUCCCGCCAGUGUGUGCCACUUGGCCCUGGCGUUCUUGCAGCCACACCUAACCUUGCCACGGCCGUCCCAGAGCACGUGCCGCCUUAUGCUCUACAGGUGCUCCCCUACACCCAAACUUGGCCGGAAUAAGCAUGUGAAUCUGAAUGCAUGAAGACACGAGGCUGAGAACUAAGUGACGCACACACGCGAGAGAUGACAGCUCCAGGGUGAGGCACUGCAGACACAGGGACACUCAGCAACCAGCAAGAUGCACCUGUUCCUCAAGACGCUGUACAUGCUGACGGUGAUGGUGACGACGGCGAUGAUGAUGGUGGUGGUGCUGCUCUCCACGCCCGACUUGCACGCCAGACUCACUACCAACGGCAUGUACCAACGCACCGAUCUCGCCUACAGCCAGAUGGUCAUCCAAAGCCUUGAUAAUCCUGGCGUGUACGUGGCUGAGGUGACGAGCGAUGUGCAGGAAGAGGACGGGGACGAGGGAGGGGAUGCAGAAGGACACAGGGAAGAAGGGGACCACCAGAGGAGCCCUGUGAAGCGAGAGGCAGCUUGGGAUUACGCAGGAAACAAUACAGGACACCUCAAGAUCCUGUUGGACUACGGUAGGCCGCAACAUGAGCCGUGGCCAGGCAGGAUGGGCUGCUCAGGCCUCCGUGUUGCCUUCGCCCGCCGCCGCACACUACCUAGGACUGCCCUUGCCUCCUUUCCCGGCUCAGGCAACACGUGGCUCAGAUAUCUGAUCCAAGGUGCCACGGGACUCUUCACCGGCUCCGUGUAUCUGGACCGAGAGCUUGCCACAAAGGGGUUUUACGGUGAGAACGAGACUCCAGAGUGUGGGUGUACAGUGGCGGUGAAGACCCACGGCUACUGCUUGGCAGGGGUGCCGGCGACCAGGGAGGAGCGUGAGAAGGAUAUCGGGCGGUUCUUUGGGCGUGGUCUCUUGCUACUCCGAAAUCCGUACGACACCCUCAUCGCUUACCGUAACUACCUGACGGCGGGACACCUUGGCGUGGCGGGCCCGGAUGCCUUCAGGGGCACAGUGAAUGUCCCUGCAGAUUGGGAGCAGUUCGUGCGAGGCCAGGCUGAGAUGUGGAAGACCUAUGCACUGGACUGGCUGACGCAAGGCAGGAAUGUACUGGUGGUGCACUACGAGAAGCUUCUACAGGAUUCCAAACGGGAGCUUCUUCGUAUCCUUCACUUCUUGCGUGUGAGGCCCAAUCAGAGACGGGUGAAAUGUACACUUCAGUACCUCGACGGAUCCUUCAGGAGGCCCACGCCCGACAACGUGUCUUACAGGCUGCAAGACCCUUUCAGCGCGGCGCUUCACGACGUGGUGGAAGCUGCAAUGAAGGAAAUAGACGCCACUUUAUUAAAACAAGGACGACCAUUACUACCUGAGAGCUUAUACAGCUAUCACCACCAUCACCAUCAUCAUCAUCACCAUAGCCACCACCAUCACCACAACAACACCUCACAAGUUCACGACCAUGCCAAGCAGCUCACGAACCACAGGAACAUGCAUGACAGGAGUGCCGUCAGUCGUCAAAGGGGCCGGUAUGGCGAGAAUACCGUUGCCAGUGUUGCUGUAUCGAAGGGCGGUGAGGAUGACGGAGGCCCUCACUCGAAUGUAUUACAGUUGAGUCCGUGGAUAAAAGGACGAUGAGCAUGUGACGAGGCAUUAGCGGUACUCCACUGCAUGUUAUUCAUGUAGGGUAAAGUAUAAUGUAUAUUUGGAGAGAGAGAGAGAGAGAGAGAGAGAGAGAGAGAGAGAGAGAGCAUAUAUAGGUAUACGAAGGAUAAAAAGUAAGACAACUCCUUGAGCGCGUCCUUAUUGAAGGUUUGUUUCUUGAACAGUACUGGCUAUGAACCAUGUACAGCCUCGCUACGUUCCCUUCACGUCCUUGGCACCCUCAAUCUACGCCCACACAGGAUCCACACAUUCCGGCCAAAAACAGAGAUCGCAUUCUCAAAACAUUUUGCGUCUCAUCUCAACUACUUAGAGCAGGCUAUAGUAGAGGUUGCUGAAGUUUUCGUCUUUGUUAAAUGCAAUUGUUAAGAUGUUAUAAAGCUUGAGAAUUUGA